GCCACCUUUACGACGGGCAUCUGUGAGUUUUACGAGUUUAUGGUAUUGCAAGGGCCAGGGAGAUUUACAAUAGGAUCGUUUAAUUAAUGCAAUGGAUAGAAGCCUGGUCUGUAGUGGUUUAGGUGUUAUGGUUCAACCAAUAAGUGUGCUGUGUUCAGUCUUGUCUGUGUGGUGUAUGUGAGAGGACAUUCACUCCUGGGUCCAGGUUAAUGUUAUUGUCUGUGAAGUCUCGCUUGUCAUGUCAUGUUAAUUGUUUAUGUUUUGUGUUUAAUGUUUGUGUCGUCUUAAUUAAAAGCAGAAAUGGAGCACUACUGAGCUGGCUGACAGGAGUAGUGAAGGAUGUGAUCACGUGAAAUUGACUAUAGACCUUUAGUUACCAAUGACAGUGUGACUGACGAGAGAAUACGGUCUACAGACUGAUGAAAGACUGAUUUGUUGAAAUAACAUUAUUUUACAGGACGCCCAGGAGGAUGGAGCUUGAUAGUGUAUUGCAUGAUGUUGGUGUGCUGACUUAACGCUGAUUUUAUGUGAUUCUUGGUUUAUUGACAUUAACACUUUUGUGAGACAAAUUAACAAUUGGUUGGGGAAUAAUAUCAAUGUUGGGUGACAAUUGCCGACUUGUCCCUUCUCUGGAGUAUGUAUACAGGAAUUAUGUAGUCCAUCCCUUUGGCACGGGUAUCUUUUGCAGAGUUGUGAUUAAUUUAUAUAAGGGUUUGUUUGCAGGUCUGGUCAGAGGCCUCUCCGACGGAAGGAGACGACCUGCUGGUUUGUGUAUGGGGUUGUGUGUGGAUACUGUGUUUUGGUGUUAAAUUAGUCAUUUAACAAAGGGGGAAAUAUGUACAUCCUGUAUGUCUGGUCAAAGAAGGUUAUAAUCAUGACUCUGGUGAUCUCCCUAAUUAUAGUUACAGGAAUCUAUUUUGGAAUGCCUUCAAUACAAGGAGAAAGAGUGACCAAGAGGGCCGUGAAGCCAACAGGGGCCCUAGAAUUGAACUACACAUUGGGGGAAAAGACGGAAAUCACUCAAAUGGCGGAUUUCACCUGGGAGCGUGACUGGUGGGGUAGCUUGAACCGUUUCCGCCGUAUGGUCAGUGGCUUCAACGUGGGUGGAAAUGCUUGGGAAGAAGGUGAGGACCCCACCUACCUGGAUGCCAUUGGAAUUCCCAGAGGUAUCCCGGAUGAGUAUAAAGCUCGCUGUCAAAUUUCCGCAGGUCUUGAGAGUAUUUUUAUAUGGGUAACUCCGAAUAAAAAUGUUGAUUUCAUAAAUUACCAUCAUUACCAAAUUCAAAGAUUGGUGAAUUUCACCUCCCAACUAGCGGAGGGCAUCCAUGAGCAACUAUCAGCUACAUCUCUCAUGCCAUUCCAAAAUAGGUUGGUCCUUGAUAGUAUGUUAGCGGAAGAAGGGGGUGCCUGCUCUCGAAUUAAAGGACAUUGUUGUACAAUUAUCCCCAAUAAUACGGCGCCAAACGGAAAGAUCACCAGAGCCAUGAAAGGUUUGCAAGCCAUGUCUGUUAAACUUAAAUCAAUGUCUGGAGUGGAGGACAACCCAUUCUGUAGCCUGCUUAAUAGGAUGUUUGGUAAAUGGAGAGGUCUCAUACUGACUUUGGCAACUACCAUCAUAAUUGUCAUGGCUGUGCUUGCUUUUUGUGGAUGUUGUAUUAUCCCUUGUCUCAGGAACCUGGUUCUCAGAAUUGUCCUCAAGGCCUUUGUGGGUAAGGACCCCUACGGCCAAUAUCAGCUGCUGUCCCUGCACGAGGACAGGGUGGCCAUGGAAUCGCUCGCUCCAUUGAACGAUACCGGUGUAUCCUCUCUUUAAAGUUUUAAAAUUUAAAGUUUUGUUUUGCUGUGCUUAGAUUAGGUUUAUUGAGUAUUGUAGUGAAAACGGUAGUAGGUAUACGGGUUGUUGAUCUUCUGAUUAUCAGAAUAUCAACUUGGGGGAUUGAAGGGAAUAUAGAAUACUUUAUAUUGUAAUGUGUAAUUCUAACUAGUUUGGAAGAGAAUGUGUAUUGGAGUAUAGGGGUAUUUGGCCCCAUCGGGGGGUAUUUGGAGACACAUCUCAAGGAAGAAAGGAACUGCGGGGAGCCACUAUAAACAUUGAAUGCAGGAAUGUGAGCCGACAUCUGCAGGCGACCCCUGGAGCAGAAGUCUGGAGCCAGAUCAAAUGGUCAUCAUUCUGCAGGACAACGAUGACGUCAGAUUACGGACCAAUCAGACGACAGCGAUUACAUACUGGCCCGUUUGAAACAUUGUAUGAGUCUGGGGUAGAAUCAGAUAGUUUCAGUUCGACUACUUUAUCUGCUAAGGAUAAGAUAGGGUAGUUACGAACCCAGAGCUCUGCAAAUGUAUAGACUCCUCUGUCAGGAAUAAAUUGGUUGGUUUUGAUACAUUGUUGUGAACGAAGUUCUUUCACGAAAACGAACACGCUUGGAACCACGGGAGUUAGGAGAUUUUAAAACACAGGUUCCUUUAACAUGAAUCCUUGUUCGAACAAAUUCCAUCCCGUCUU